AUGGAUGGAAUAUGUAUAUCAAAAAACAUGCAUGCAAUUUCCAAUGAAAAGCCAGAAAUAAUAGAUACAAUGAUACUGCACUCUGUUCUGGACGAUUCGAAGUCUUUGGAAAAGCUAUCUAAACAGGAAAUGCCUUUGGAAGCUGUUCUUCAGAAAGUUGAAUCUGAAAUAAAUAAAACUCGGGAAAUACUUCUUGACUUGAUUUUGAAAAAUCAGAAACUAUUUUUAAGAAUAUUAAACCAAAAAGUGGAUUUUUUUCAAAAAAUAGAGCGUCUUGUUUCCAAUUCAGUUAUUUUGUCUGAAGUUAGUGUUAAUAAUCAAAAAAAUUCAAGAAUACUUCAAGAAAAUAGUGAAAAAUUAGAAGAAUUGAAGGAUUCUAUAAAGUUGAAAAGAGAUUUGAAAGACACUAUUUUAAAACUAAAAUCUAUCAUUAGUUUAACUAAUAAAGCAGAAAAUCUCAUUACUCAAGGAAAUUUAUUUGAAGCCUUUCAUAUAAUAAAAGAAGCAGAAAAUGAAUAUGAUAAUAUUAACGAAUUGGAAAAGAUUGAAAUUUUAGUUUCUUUUAGAGAAAAGCUAACUAAUCUUAAGUUAUCUUUAAUCAAAAAAUUUAAUAAUAUUUGGGAUUCUUUUAUAAUGUUUGAAAAUGGGUGUAUUGUUAAAAAGCAAUUAAAAGAUUCAUUUGAAAAAAGUAUAUCUUUAACAUCUUUUAUAGAAUUGUCUAUAGAACUUAAAAUAUUUGAUUCUCGUAUGCAGUUAAUUUCUAAUAAUUUUAUGUCAAAGUUUUUGUUUCUUUUUUUGAAUAAAGAAAUUUUUUAUACACUAGAAUUUAAUGAAAACAAUGAUGAAUAUCAAUUAAUUAUUAAAUCCGAUGUUUCAAAUAAAAACGAUUCUAUUUUUUCAUCUUUAUUAGUAUUAAUUAACUUUAUAGAUAAAGCAUUCCCAUCUAUUGUGUUAUUAGAUUUAACUAAAUACCUUUUUCCUAAGAUACAAUCUGCUUUAACUAAGGACUAUAUCAAUAUUAUUGUACCAGAUGAAAUUGAGUAUUUAGAUUAUUUUAAUAAAGUACUUUUAGAAGGCUCUAGAUUUAAUGAUAAGAUUAAGCAAACUGUAUGGGGUAACCAAUUAGAAAUAAAAAAAUGGAUAGAUUUAGCAUGUGAUUCUUGGGUUUUAAAACAAAAAUCUAAUGCUAUAGAUGCUGUUAGAAAUGUUUUAGGUUCAAAAAAUUCUGGAAAUAUUAUUAUUCAACCUAUACAAAACAUUGAAACUAAAGUUCUUCAAAAUGAAAAUGUAGAUUCUAUUGACGAUAAUGAAUGGGACGCAAACUGGGAUAAUGACGAUAAAUAUAUUAAUGAUGAAAAAAAUAUGGUUAUGGUAGAAAAUGAUACAUGGGGACUAAAUGAUGAUAUGAAUAUUAAAUCUGAAAAUAGCUCUUUAAAAGAAGAAUUAUGGAAUUGGGAUGAUAACGAUGAUUGGAAUGUGGAUGCGAAAGAAUCUAAUGAUGCAAAAGAUGUAAAAAAUAGUGAAAAAAAAAGUUCUUUAUCUGAAUCUUCGACACAUGAAAGUUAUACAAUUUCUUUUUUGCCUAAAGAAAUUAUUCUUAUUGUUGAAAAAUGCAUUUAUACUAUAAAAGAAUUAAUGAGCACUCAAUAUGCAAAUUACAUAAUGGCUCCUUUUUUUCCUCAAUUAUCUGAUUCAAUAAUAAUGGCGUUAAGCACAUAUAGAGCUCUUGCUCCUUUGUACUAUGAUAAACUAUCAACAUCUGCCAUGUUAUUAUAUAAUGAUUUUAUUUAUCUUUCAAUACAUCUUCAGGAGUUAUAUGAUGGUUCUGAAGUUCUACAAUGUAUUCUUGAUGAAACCAAUACCCUUCGUGAAGCAGGAAACCUUAUAUAUUCUUCUGAGCUUCAAAUACAAAAUAAUGAUAUCAUUUCAAUUCUUGAACAGGCAAACGGAUUUUUGGAUUGUACUGAUAAACAGCAGCUAGAAAGAUGUAUACGUGUUAUCUCUGAUUUAUAUGAAAAAUUUCAAAUGUUGUCAAAAUUAUGGAGUAAAAUCCUUCCUAGAGAAACAUUCUUUGAAUCCAUUGGCCAACUUUUAGAAACUGCUGUUGCCUAUAUUAUUAUUGCAAUUAAAAAUAUUUCUGAUAUAUCAGAAGCAGAAUCCAAACAACUUUCAGAAUUAUGUAACCAGUUUGCUCAAGUAGAAGAUAUUUUUGUUAUUGAAGAACAAGAGCUUCCUAUAACCCCAACGUAUGUUCCAAGUUGGUUGAAAUUUCGAUAUCUCGCGGAGAUUCUUGAAGCCUCAAUGCAAGACGUUAUGUAUUUAUAUAAUUCAGGUGCUUUGAUCGAUUUUGAUAAAGAAGAAAUUAUAAGUUUACUUAAAACGUUGUUUGCAGAAACACCUUGUCGAGCAGAGAAUAUUUCAAAAAUUAGAAACAGUUAG